AUGGUUGGGUUAGCUCCUCCAAAGACAGUGGAAGACAUUAGAAGCUUCCUUGGUCAUGCCGGAUUCUAUAGAAGAUUCAUCAAAGACUUUUCCUUGAUAGCUAUACCAUUGACUAAGCUUCUAUGCAAGGAGGCUGCUUUCAACUUUGAUGUGGAGUGUCUUGGAGCAUUCAAUACAUUGAAGGAUAAGCUGGUUAGUGCCCCCAUUGUGCAGCAACCAGAUUGGGAUCUUCCCUUUGAGAUCAUGUGUGAUGCUAGUGACUAUGUUGUGGGAGCUAUCCUUGGUCAGAAGAGAGAGAAGAAGACUCAUGUGAUCUACUAUGCAAGUAGAACUCUCGAUGAAGCCCAAAUGAAGUAUGCUACAACUCAGAAGAAGCUGUUAGCCAUUGUGUAUGCCUUUGAAAAGUUCAUAAGCUAUUUGGUUGGACUAAAGAUUGAGUGUGGGAUCCCCAUUGAUGAAGGGCUUCCAGAAGAACAGAUCAUGGCUAUUAGAGCAGUAGUAGCAGUUUGUGAAACUGGAAAGAAGCUUGAAGAAGUGAAGGCAACUGAAGAGAAAGGUCCUUGGUAUGAUGAUUUGGUGAACUACUUAGCUUGUGGAAGAGAGCCAUUGGUUGUUGACUAUGUCUCCAAGUGGGUGGAAGCUGUAGCAUGUCCCACCAAUGAUUUUAGAGUGGUGAUCAAGAUGUUCAAAAGCAUCAUCUUUCCAAGGUUUGGAGUUCCAAGAGUUGUGAUUAGUGAUGGAGGUUCUCACUUCAUCAACAAGCUGUUUGAAGGUCUUCUCAAGAAGAAAGGUGUGAAGCACAAGGUGGCAACACCUUACCAUCCUCAGACAAGUGGGCAAGUUGAGAUCUCCAACAGGGAAAUCAACUCUAUUCUAGAGAAGAUUGUGGGAACUAAAAGGAAAGACUGGUCUGACAAGCUUGAUGAUGCACUUUGGGCUUAUAGAACAGCUUACAAGACUCCUUUGGGAACCACACCUUUCAACCUUGUGUAUGGAAAAGCUUGUCAUCUACCAGUUGAGCUUGAGUACAAGGCAUUGUGGGCUGUUAAGUUGCUGAAUUUUGACAUCAAGAGUGCCAAGGAGAAAAGACUUUUCCAACUCAUGAAUGGGCAGAGGAUUAAGCUCUAUAUGGGAACCACAACAGAGGAGGAAGGAAUCUCAAUUCCACUCUCCGACCCCAUCUCCGCCUAG